AUACAUUGUGAUGGCUACUACUGAGAUGGAGUCUGGUUCCUCAGAAAGCAAAUCAGAGCAUGGACCAGUUGACUCCGAUUCAAAGCACCCACUGAAAGUCCUUUAUUGUGGAGUGUGCUCUCUACCUACAGAGUACUGUGAGUACAUGCCGGAGCCAGCCAAAUGUAGGCAUUGGCUUGAGAAGAACUUUCCGGAUAUAUUUGCGAGAAUGACUGUAGGCCCGGCAUCAAAUGCGCCCAAGCAGGAAACCGGCACUGGAGAAGCUCCCCCUGUAGGCGAGGAGGAGGAGAAGAAGAAACAGAAGAGAGGUGGAAGAGGCCAGAUCAAACAGAAAAAGAAGACGGUGCCUCAGAAAGUUACGAUAGCAAAGAUCCCAAGAGCCAAGAAGAAAUAUGUCACACGGGUUUGCGGCCUGGCAACAUUUGACAUUGAACUCAAAGAGGCUCAGCGGUUCUUUGCUCAGAAGUUCUCUUGUGGUGCCUCAGUGACAGCAGAUGAUGAAAUAAUCAUUCAGGGAGAUUUUACAGAUGACAUUAUCGACGUGAUUCAAGAGAAGUGGCCUGAGGUGGAUGAUGACAGCAUUGAUGAUCUGGGCGAAGUGAAGAAGUGAAGACCAAAUAUGCACUUUUAAUGAAACGGAUGUGACCUGUAACAGCAACAAACACCUGGCCAAAUGCACACAUUGAUUCAUUUUCUACCUAUUUUAUUUACUGUUCAUAAAAAGCUGCGGACUUGGCCACUCACUUGGCAUUAUUAUUUUUUUUUUAAGCUAAUAACUGCUUCCUCUCGUUUGCCAAAGGUGUGGUAUGACGCGAAUCCCUCCCAAAUGUUCUUCACUCAAACAAACUGUAGGCUAAUAAAUUUCAGUCUCCUUCA